UCCAGUAAGAGAGGAUAGAUAUAAAGACAACUGAUGAGGUAGGACAUACCUAAGGUUCAGUGAGGUUUGAGAGACAGCAUCAGAGAGAAGGUAGGAUGGCCUAAAGAAAGAACAUUUAGUAAGUGGUACUAGACUAGGUGAAUAUAUAAAAAAUAACAAGGAACAUUUUUUUUACUGGCAAAAAUAUAUCAUCUUCUGGGUCUUCAUGCAGAUAUAUUCAAGCAAUAGAAAAGAAAAAUCAAACCAAUAUCUCUGAAUUUCUCCUCCUGGGCUUCUCAAGUUGGCAACAACAGCAGGUUCUACUCUUUGCACUUUUCCUGUGCUCUAUUUAACAGGGCUGUUUGGAAACUUACUCAUCUUGCUGUCCAUUGGCUCAGAUCAUUGCCUCCACACACCCAUGUAUUUCUUCCUUGCCAAUCUGUCCUUGGUAGACCUCUGCCUUCCCUCAGCCACAGUCCCCAAGAUGCUACUGAACAUCCAAACCCAAACCCAAACCAUCUCCUAUCCUGGCUGCCUGGCUCAGAUGUAUUUCUGUAUGAUGUUUGCCAGUAUGGACAAUUUUCUUCUCACAGUGAUGGCAUAUGACCGUUAUGUGGCCAUCUGUCACCCUUUACAUUACUCCACCAUUAUGGCCCCACGCCUCUGUGCCUGUCUGGUAGCUGUACCUUGGGUCGUUGCCAUUUUGAACCCUCUCUUGCACACUCUUAUGAUGGUCCAUCUGCACUUCUGCUCUGAUAAUGUUAUCCACCAUUUCUUCUGUGAUAUCAACUCUCUCCUCCCUCUGUCCUGUUCUGACACCAGUCUUAAUCAGUUGAGUGUUCUGGCUACGGUGGGGCUGAUCUUUGUGGUACCUUCAGUGUGUAUCCUGGUAUCCUAUAUCCUCAUUGUGAUGAAAGUCCCUUCUGCCCAAGGAAAACUCAAGGCUUUCUCUACCUGUGGAUCUCACCUUGCCUUGGUCAUUCUUUUCUGUGGAGCAAUCACAGGGGUCUAUAUGAGCCCAUUAUCCAAUCACUCUACUGAAAAAGACUCAGCCGCAUCAGUCAUUUUUAUGGUUGUAGUGCCUGUGUUGAAUCCAUUCACUUACAGUUUAAGAAACCAUGAACUGAAGGGGACUUUAAAAAAGACCGGGCGCGGUGGCUCACGCUUGUAAUCCCAGCACUUUGGGAGGCCGAGGCGGGCGGAUCACGAGCUCAGGAGAUCG